AUGGCCUCUGCCACCACCACCACCACCGCCUCGUCGCCCUUCCCCUACGCCACGGCACCAGACAUCAUCCGCGCCCACCAGAAGGACGCAUACUUCCAGGGCCUGCUGACGAACCAGCUCGUCGACCUGCACAGGCGGCUCCUGGGCGCCCGGUCCGCCCACGCGUGGGCCAACGAGUCGCGCACCGCCGCCGACCUGCUGUACCUCUGCCUGACCACCCUGAUAGGGAACCGCACCCUGGGCGAGGAGUACUGCGACCUGAUCCAGGUCGAGGAGCCUGACAAGACCACAGCAGCACCAGGCGGGCCCAGGCUCCCCUCCAUAGGCCGCCGCUCAGGCCUGAUCGCCCUCUCCGUCCUCGUCCCCUACGCCCUGGGCCGCCUCCUCCCGGCCGUCCGCAGCCGCCUCCGCAGCCGCCUCGAGGCCCGCCUCGCCCACCUGCAGCGGAGGCACAGGGCCGCCCACAACAGCGCCGAGUACCGCGCCGGCCGCUACGUCCUGGCCCACCUGGCCGGCCUGACCUCGGGCGCCCACGUCCACGCCGCCGUCCUGGCCACCUUCUACUUCACCGGCGCCUACUACUCGCUCUCCAAGCGCCUCACGGGGCUGCGCUACGUCUUCACCCGCCGCCUGCCCGAGCACCCCGCCGGCGCCAGCGGCGCCAGCGAGGGCGGCACCCCCGACGGCCGCGCGGGCUACGAGGUGCUGGGCGUGCUGCUCGUCGUCCAGCUCGCCGUGCAGGCGUACCUGCACGUGCGUUCCGUCCUGGCCGCCGGCGCAGCGGGGGACCCGGACGAGGCCAGCGUCGAGGCCGUCAUCCGGGAGCGGGCCUUUGGCAGCGCCGCCGCCGCCGACGUGUCGCUAGACCACGCCCACAGCUACGGGAGCGGCAACAACGACCUCCUCCUGCAGUCCGGGGCCGGGGCCGGGGCCGGGGCCGGGAGGCGCUCCAAGGCCGCCAUCGGCGUGACGACGCACACGCCCGUGCCCCGGGGCGACGCGCCCAGGUACGACCUCGGUGUAGGGGUUAGCAGCGGCGGGGACGCGGUCAUGGGCUGGAUCAAGGGCCAGUCGCAGCGCAAGUGCACCUUGUGCCUGGAGGAGCUCAAGGACCCCUCCGCCACGCCGUGCGGGCACGUCUUCUGCUGGUCGUGCAUCGGCGACUGGGUCAGGGAGAAGCCAGAGUGCCCCCUGUGUAGGCGGGAGGCUCUGGUGCAGCACAUCCUGCCCUUGCGGGUGGCAUGA